AUGGCUGGAUCUUGCGUACAGGAUGACUACCUAUCGGCCAUUCUGCAUCGCACCCCUCUGGAACCACCGAUCGCGACAGCAGGGACGGGCAUUGAGAUCACAUUGAAGGAUGGCCGGACGAUGAUUGACGCUGUUGGAGGUGCAGCAGUGACGGUCAUUGGCAAUGGCCAUCCUGCAGUAGUCAGGGCUAUCCAAGAGCAAGUCGAGAAACUUUCAUAUGUGUACAACAUGCAAUUGUCGAACGAGCCUGCAGAAGAGCUCGCUAACUUGCUCGUGGCAACAAGCAAGGGUGCUUUUGCUGCCGUUGGCUUUGUGGCCGGAGGGACAGAAGCGAUGGAGUCCUGCAUUAAGCUCGCUCGGCAAUACUACUUUGAAAUAGGCCAACCUCACCGAGUGAAUUUCAUCGCCCGUAAACAAUCGUUCCACGGGAAUUCCAUAGCAACGCUCGCACUGGCCAGCCAUCCUGGGAGAAGACUGCCGUAUGAGACCAUUUUACCCACAAGCAAUUACCACCACGUGUCCCCUGCAUGCGCUUUAUGGUACAAGAAUGCGGAUGAGACGGAUGAGGAAUACGUCGAGCGCCUGGCUGAAGAACUUGAUGCCAAGUUCCAAGAGCUCGGACCAGAGACCGUGAUCGCCUUCGUUGCGGAGACCGUUGUCGGAGCAGCUAAUGGCGUCGGAAUCCCUCCAACGGGCUACUUCAAGGCAGUGAGACAGAUUUGCAACAAGUACGGAGCACUCCUCAUACUUGAUGAGGUUAUGAGUGGGAUGGGACGAAUGGGAACUCUCCACGCAUGGGAGUCGUUUGGUGACGGGGCUCGACCCGACAUCCAAGCGGUUGCAAAGGGACUUGGAGGGGGAUACGCACCUAUUGGCGCUUUGCUCAUCAACCAGAAAGUAGCCAGUGCCAUUCGUGACAAGAAAGGGAUGUGGAAGCACGGCCAUACAUAUCAAGCACACCCAAUUUCUUGCGCGGCCGCCUUAGCGGUGCAAAAUGUCAUACACUCCGAGAACCUCUUGAAGAACAUAUGUGAACGAGGAGCUCAGCUCGAGGCACUUCUUCGUGCGAGGCUGACGGCUCUGAACUCGCCUGCCAAGCCUUUCAUUGUGGAUAUCAGAGGCAGAGGCGGCUUCUGGGGCAUUGAGUUUGAGCCUGAUCCAGCCAAGCUACCCAACGUUAAUGGGGUGCGCUUCGGACCUCAUUUAUCGGACAUUGCAUUCAAGAAUGGACUUCUCAUAUUUGGAAUGAGUGGAUCCAUCGAUGGAAACAAGGGGGAAUUCGCGAUAUUAGCACCCGCCUUCAACGUCACCAGUGAGGAAAUAGAGAAAAUUGGCGAUGUAUUCUCGAGGAGUGUCGAGGAAGCAUUGAGAGAUGCUGGCGUCAUCUAG